AUCAUUUGCAAGAUUGGAUGAGUCUAUUUUGUAUUAUAUGUGUAGUCCUCAGUCAAAACUGUACCUCCACGGCAUAUCAAUAAACGCAUCAGAUUCCUCUGACAAAGAUUUUCUGCUGAUUUUACACGAUACCCUACUCCACAUUUCUGUUAUUUAUUUACCCUUUCUUCUUACUUGCUUUUCUUUCAUCUUUUUACCCACUUGUUUAAAUUUACUUGCAUUACUGAAUAUUUUUUUUAAGAUGAUUGUUGGGGCUUUGGAGAGAGCAGUGGAGUGGCUAAGGCCACUUGUUAAGACUCAAGAAUGGGAGUAUUGUGUGAUCUGGAAGCUGGGUGAUGAUCCUUCCAGGUUUAUUGAGUUUGUGAAUUGUUGUUGUGGGGGUGGUGAUGGUGUUAAUGAGUGUGAUGGCAUUGUGAAAGAAGAAGGUGGUGGAGAUGGUUUAUGUAGAGACUAUAAUUUUCAGCAUCGAAUAGGGAGUGAUGCUUGUGUGAAGCUUGCUCAGUAUCCAUUUUCAUUGCCUUUGUAUUCUGGGAUACAUGGAGAAGUAGCGAUGUCGAACCAACCGAGGUGGCUUAGCUAUGGGAGCACCACUGACUUGAACAAUGAAACGGUAGGAACUCAAGUUCUUAUUCCUGUUACUGGAGGUCUAAUUGAGCUUUUUAGCAAGCAGAAUGUACCCUGUGAUCAGAAACUAAUAGAGCUUAUAACAGCUUACUAUAAUGUAUCGGUGAAACAAGAAAUUAUGAGUGCACACAGCCACAACGAUAAAAGCCUCCUGGAAAAACUUCAUAAGCAUCCAUUUGUUGUUGAACAAUUGAAUGAUCAGUGCCAUUUCAAUUCUAUGUCUAGGUUGCAGAGCCUCGUUACAGGAUCCCAGGCCAGCCCAUAUGGAAUUGAAGGAUCAUCAGCUGGUUCGACUCCUUCGAAUGAAUACCUAUUACUGCAGUCUGGUUCUAGUCAUGUGUCCCCAAAUUUGUCACCAAUCAAGUCAAUAGGAAACCCCACAAAGUCUUGGAAACGAAAGCUCAACGAGGAAAUGCCAAAAGAUGAAGUCGCGAGGGUGGCCAAUCACGUGUUUGAUAAGAAAGAUAAGGUAAAGGGUAAGCAGAAAACAGGCAAGGAACAAUACUAUUCAAAGAAUCUUAUCACAGAGAGAAACCGAAGAACCAGGAUCAAAGAGGGACUAUUCACUCUACGUGCUUUAGUACCCAACAUUUCCAAGAUGGAUAGAGCAGCUAUUCUGGGAGAUGCAAUAGAUUAUAUAAAGGAAUUGGAAAAUACGGCAAGGAAUUGUCAAGCUGAGCUUAAGGAAAUGGAAGAAGAUGGCUGUAGCAAGGACAAUGGGGCCUCAGAGAUUUUAGAGCUAAAAGGGUCAUAUGAAGAUAAUAAACGUUCACUUGCUAACGAAACCCUCCAAGGUUCUGCUGUUGCUGAUCAGAAUCAACCUAUUCAGCAAAUGCCGGUGGAGAUCGAAGUAAAUCAAAUUAGCCAAAAAGAUAUCUGGCUUAAAGUCGUCCACAGCCAGAAAAGAGAUGGAUUCUUAAGGUUGAUGAAGACUGUACAUUCUUUAGGCCUUCAAGUUAUUGAUGCCAAUGUUACUACUUGCAAAGGGAGGGUGCUGAACAUUUUCAAGAUUGAGGCAACACAAAAGGAGUUUGAACCACAGAAGUUGAAAGAUUUGUUGCUUACAAACUGGACAUUGUAGUUCAAUCCUGUUCCAGGAAGUUAACAGGGGCCUUCUCUUCUGAUUUGUUAAUAUGGGCCUUCUCUUCUGAUCUGUUAGAAUGAUAUAAUUUGGAAGUUUGUAUUGCGAGAAAAAUGUGAGACCUGGUGAAGUUUUAGCCUUUAGUAAAUUGAUUGUUGAAUCUUCUGUAUCUUAGAUCCGCCUGUACAUGACUUACGAUCAAGUUUAGUUAAUUAUAUUUGUGUA